CAAAAAUCUUAGAAUAUAAUAAAAAGUCGAAGAGCGUAAUGCAUGAGAGUUUCAAUUAAAUUUUAAUUAUAAAAAACGAACGUAAAACCUUAGUCAUGUCUGGCGCUGUAUGAAAUUCUAGUCGCAUAAAAAUGGUUUCUUUAUGGCUUUGGAAUUAAUUAAGUCUCUGCGAGUAUGCUCAUUUACAGAAUAAUUUUAUUUUUAAUCUCUCAAGCACAUAUAGUGUUUUCCACAUUUGACGAAUCUUGUGAUGACAUAGAAUGUUCAAAUGUAUACGAUCCAGUGUGCGGUGAAGCAACAGCCUUUAACGGCCAGAGAGUUAUCAAAAGAUACCACAAUAUUUGUUACUUAAGAAUGAUACAAUGCCAAUUUAAAUUUGCAGACAUUCAACGUAUUCCUGGUGAUAUGUGCAAUAUCAAUAAAGUUUUUGUUAAUCCUGUAAGUGGCCGCAGACUCGAAGAUUUCAGCAUAGUUGGAGCCCAUCAGGCGUGCAACCACACGUGCCCAACCUUCUGCUUAGACACGUAUGAUCCUGCAUGUGCACAAAUAUGGGCCCAUAACAUGCAGAGCUACGUUUACAGGCCCAUGAUCAACCAUUGCCACAUCGAUUUGUAUUCUUGUGUUGUUGGAGUUAAUGUCACCAUUCAACCUUUAAUCGGCAAAUGUUACAAGAAUCCGUCUGCAAUAAACUUCAUGAUCAACAUUGCCUCGUUGAAAACCCUCAAGCUACUCGACGACCCACCCUCAGAACUGAUCUCUGGCAUGAGACCCUCCCGAAGAGCUAAUGUCAACAGAAUUAUUAAAAAGGAAAUUAAAGAUUUCCUUACAAGUCUUGGUAACCGCAUUCGACUGAUUGGAUAAUAAAGUCCUUAAGAUUUGCCUUUCCUA